CACGACGAUUUCAGUCACUGCCGGUUGACGCGGCGUGCAUGAAAGAUCUGAAACCGAUUACACAGUAUCCCGCAGGUAACACUUGUGCUCGCAACGUAGAGAAUCACUGUUCUCUCUCUCUUUCUCCGUGGUACCGCGUGGUGUUCUCUAAGCCAGUACACCCGCGGCAGGCAAAUACGAACGAUCGUGACCCGCGUGGAUUGCACUUCAAGAUUAUCUUUCGAGAUCGAUGGUUCUUCGAGGAAUAGCUGGAAUUUCGCGGUGGGUACAUCAACUUUGAUUUCGAUAUUAAGAUCGGGCCUUUCGUCGCGGAGAACUGGAGAUCGGUCUAGCUAUUCGGUUAGUUGAAAUUUCAUCGAUUACCGAAGAUUUUUAUUUAUCGAAAUUGUGGAUAUUACUCCGACUGAGCGUGAAACUACAUUACCACCAAGAGUGCUCAGGAAGUGCAGUGUAUAAAAACAAAUCAGACUUAUUCUGCUUGUCGACAUUGAAGUGACACCGAGCUGUUUUGCAACGAUUCACUUGCGACUAUUUCCGUGGCUAGUGAUUUCCAUAUGAGGUUUUAUUGCCGGAUUUAAUAAGAUACUGUGUUAUGUCUCGUUAUCAUUUUCGCAUUUGAGACGACACUAGUCAAUAAUCAGCCUCAGUGCGUGUACGAGCAGAGAAAUCAAAACACUGAGUGGGUCAACCACAAAAGCCCACAAUCAUGACAGAGACAUCACGGGAUCCUGAAGUGACUGAUACAGAAAAUACUGACAACGGCAGAACAACGUUAAAUCUAACUUGUUCAACGACUAAGAGUAAACCUCUUCCGGAACGUGGAACAUGGAGCACCAAGUUGGAUUUUAUCCUCAGUGUGGUCGGCCUGGCAAUCGGUCUUGGCAAUGUUUGGCGAUUUCCGUACCUGUGUUAUAAAAAUGGUGGCGGCGCUUUCCUAAUCCCCUAUUUUUUGACAUUGUUUCUGGCCGGUAUACCCAUGUUCUUUAUGGAGCUUGCUCUCGGGCAAAUGCUCACGGUGGGCGGCCUCGGAGUCUUCAAGAUAGCACCGUUAUUCAAGGGUAUUGGUUAUGCCGCUGCCGUCAUGUCCUGCUGGAUGAAUGUUUAUUACAUUGUUAUCUUAGCCUGGGCGAUUUUUUAUUUCUUUAUGUCAAUGCGUAGUGAAUUACCUUGGGGAAGCUGUAAUAAUGACUGGAACACCAAGAAUUGCGUGAAUCCUUACGACAGAAGUUCGUUGUUAUGCUGGAACCAAAUCUCGUCGAGAAACGGUAGUGUUGUCAAGAUGUGCACGCUUCAUCAUGUUAAUGUGACAGUGACGGACCUUACGGAUCCUGUGAAGGAGUUUUGGGAACGUCGAGCAUUGCAGAUUAGUGAUGGUAUCGAGUCCGUGGGUAAUAUUCGAUGGGAAUUGGCGGGUACGUUAUUAUUAGUGUGGAUAAUUUGCUAUUUUUGCAUAUGGAAAGGUGUAAAGUGGACCGGCAAAGUCGUCUAUUUCACGGCUCUCUUCCCAUACGUGUUGCUGACUGUUCUUUUAAUUCGUGGUAUUACAUUGCCCGGCGCCAUGGAGGGUAUUCGAUUUUAUAUCAGUCCAAAUUUAUCCAAGCUUCGGGAAUCUGAGGUAUGGAUCGAUGCAGUGACACAAAUUUUCUUCUCGUACGGUCUUGGACUCGGCACUCUGGUGGCCCUCGGCAGUUACAACAAAUUCAGCAAUAAUGUCUACAAGGACGCUUUGAUUGUUUGCUCGGUUAAUUCGUCUACCAGCAUGUUCGCAGGCUUUGUAAUAUUCUCAGUGGUUGGUUUUAUGGCACACGAGCAGCAAAAACCAGUAGCUGAAGUGGCUGCUUCUGGACCAGGGCUGGCCUUUUUGGCUUAUCCAUCAGCUGUUCUUCAACUACCGGGCGCACCGCUUUGGUCAUGUUUAUUCUUCUUCAUGCUGUUGCUCAUCGGACUUGAUUCCCAGUUUUGCACGAUGGAAGGCUUCGUCACAGCUAUGGUGGACGAGUGGCCUCAGCUCUUACGUCGUCGCAAGGAAUUGUUCAUCGCUAUUGUGUGUGCCCUAUCUUAUGUUAUUGGAUUAUCAUGUAUUUCUCAAGGUGGCAUGUACGUUUUUCAAAUCCUCGAUUCGUAUGCUGUCUCUGGUUUCUGCUUACUCUUCCUUAUCUUCUUCGAGUGCAUAUCAAUCAGUUGGGCGUUUGGCGUAAACCGAUUCUACGACGCACUACGGGACAUGAUCGGCUACUAUCCUUUUAUGUGGUGGAAAUUUUGCUGGACAGUGACCACACCGAUGAUUUGCGUUGGCGUGUUUGUCUUCAAUCUGGUUCAGUGGACACCUAUAAAGUAUUUGGAUUAUGAAUAUCCGUGGUGGUCACAUGUGUUAGGCUGGUUUACUGCGCUAUCUUCCAUGCUUUGCAUACCUGGAUAUAUGGUCUACGCUUGGAUGACUACACCAGGUGAUAAUAGAACGAAAUACAAAUUGUUAAUUCACAUAGAGGACGACGUUGCCACUCUGCGAACAAAGAUGGGUCAACCACCAGUCGAACUAACGCCUCUAUAAUUUUCAUUUUGAUAGGCAGCAUAAGUUCGCCUAGUCUGAUAAUACAAUUGUUUCCUAUCAUUCAGUAAAAUUGGUGAAUUAUAAGAAAUUAGUAAGGACUUUUUUCUGUAAAGUGAUGAAUUUAUUAUCUUUAAAAUUUGGGGAGUAGUUAAAAAAAUAUUGAAAUAAAGAUUUUAAAUAUUAUUUUGCUUAUGAAAGCAAAGCUAUUUGGGGGAAUAGAAAUAGGAUGGGAAAUACUCUAAAUGUUUCUUAAACUGAUCUUCAAUUUCAAAAAAUAAUUUUGAAAUGUAAUUCAUGAAAUAGAUUUUGCUAAUUUCUCUCAACAUACCUAUUUUUUAUAGGAUAUCAUAAUAACAAUUACUGUAAGAGAAUGCGCGCGGCCAUGAUAGAUCGUCGAGAUCUGGUGUCUUUUAAUCAAGAUAUGAUUCGACGAACAACAAAGAGCCAGCAAUUCAAUGAAUGUCGGAAACGAACAUCCGACACUGCCUUUGGUUUCCCUACCUUCUUCACAUCCUAUUCGAUAAAAAGCUUCGCUGGCUUUGUACAUAAACUAUUCAUGUGCUAUCAUAAUAAUCGUAUAACUCCCACACUGCGGAAGUUCACAAAUGCUCGCGACAUUCUAGCUAAAUUAUCAUCAUAGGAUCAAACGAAAUAUCAUUGUUGUAUCAAAGCUAUUUAAAAUUUACUUUAAAACAGAUUAAUUUUUAUUCUAAAGUAUUUUCACACAGGUUACCAUGUACUCUUUUUUCCUUAAAGAUAAUUUUGAAGAUUUUAGAAAUCCAAGUUAAGCUUUAACUUUUUAAAGAAAAAUUGUCAAAUUUAUUUGUUACAUUAGUGUCAAUGGUGAAUGAUAGUUCAGUUAAUUGUUAUUAGUGCUAAGCGAUAUCAGUGUAACCGAUUACUGCUUUCACAUAGCCAUACUCGAUGUCAUCCUUCAUGAAACUUAUAUCGUGAUAGCUCCAUAUGUUCGCAUUUAUUAUCAUAUCCGUACUUUUACAUCAAUUUAACAUCAUAAUUGGCGAAUAAAGUGCGACUAUAUAUAUAUUCAACAGCAAAAUUAAAGCAUCGUCUAUUCUAUAGCCCAAAAAAUAGGUAAUUUCAAGAAAGUGCAAUUUUACCAAUAAUAAACAUAAUAAAGUUUUUUAAAAAGCAUUUUAAAGUCUUUACUUUUUAUACUGUUUUUACUUCAAUGUUGAAUAACUUAAUGACAAAAAAUCGUACAACAAUUUACGAGUACACAAAUUGAAAAUAAAGAUUUGUACUUUUGAAAGCUUUGAACCAUAUUUGCAUACGAUUUUUAAUUCACGUCAUAGAACUUUCCAUUCUUUAUAAGACAUUUUAAGAUUUGAUAAGGUGUUCAUUUAUCUGUGUAAUUUCAUAAACAAUUAGUAAAUUAUUUUCUAAAGUAUUGAUCUAAAAAAUAGAAAUUUAAGAUAAAAAAUGCUUUUUGAAAAAUUUUAUAACGGUUAAUUUUGGUGUAAUUAUACUUUCUUGUGGUUUGCCUAUUUUUGUGAUAAGAAUAGGGCCGGUAUUUAUAGUCUGUUCUCAUAUUAAACAUUAUCUUAAAUACAAAUAAAAAUGUCAUAAAUCAACCACAAAGCAUCUUAAGACUGUUCUUAAGAUGAUUUUAAAAAAAA